GUACCGUAAAAACAAACCCAAAGCCUUUCUUGCUUUCUUCCUCGUUCCCCACUAAAAUCGAAAUCUCAAGCGUGUGGCCUUCUGCUGGACCCUCCAAGGACCCUGCCCUUUUCCUUCCGAGACUGUCUUCUUUCUCAUUUCUCUCCAUCCGAAGUAGUUUCUGUAGUCGUCGAGAAUCGUCCCUAUUCUUUCCCUUCACAGAGCCCGAUCUCGUUUCUUCGGACGGAGCUUUGACGAGAGAGUCAGAGACCGGAGGUGGGAGUGGCUGAAAAGCUACGCCAGAUUGCUUCUCUCUGCCACGCCUUAGCCUUGUUGCAGUCGCAAGGCCCGAUUUCUUCAGGAAGCAAUAUUGAUAGCUGACAAGAAUUAGUGAAGAUGGUGAAGAUGACAAUGAUUGCUCGUGUCACUGAUGGCCUACCGUUGGCUGAGGGACUGGAUGAUGGGCGUGAUUUGAAAGAUGCUGAAAUGUACAAGCAGCAAGUUAAGGCUUUGUUUAAGAAUCUUUCAAGAGGGCAGAAUGAAGCAUCAAAGAUGUCAAUAGAAACUGGUCCUUAUGUUUUCCAGUAUCCUAUCUCUGGGGCGCGUUUGUAUUUGACAAUGUGUGACCGUGCUUAUCCCAAGAAACUUGCCUUUCAGUAUUUAGAGGAUCUCAAGAAUGAAUUUGAGCGUGUUAACGGGAAUCAAAUUGAAACUGCGGCCCGACUUUAUGCAUUCAUUAAAUUUGAUACCUUCAUACAGAAAACCAAGAAAUUGUACCAAGAUACUCGUACUCAACGAAAUAUUGCCAAAUUGAAUGAUGAACUCUAUGAGGUCCACCAGAUAAUGACUCGCAAUGUGCAGGAUGUCCUUGGUGUUGGUGAAAAGUUGGAUCAGGUCAGCCAAAUGUCCAGCAGGUUAACAUCGGAAUCACGAAUAUAUGCUGAAAAGGCAAAAGAUUUGAACCGACAGGCUCUCAUUCGGAAAUGGGCUCCUGUUGCCAUAGUGUUGGGAGUCGUCUUCCUUCUCUUCUGGGUCAAGACGAAGAUAUGGUGAUCCUGCCACCUUUCUGGAUUUUGGAAAUUAGUUGAACCUUCUUCCUGUGUUUGAUUCCAUUGCUAUGGACAUCUUGCCUUCGGGUUGUUAUCCAGACUUUUUCCAAGAUUUGAGAUUCAGGCGGCCAGCACAAUCUGGUUAAAAAGAUGUUCCCUGGGUUACCUUUUUAGUAGUUGAGAUACGGUUUACCGUGUAAAAUUGUGGGAGAGAGGCCCGUUAAUAGGACCAAGGUUAAGGUGAUCGUAUUAUGCAGAACUCUAAUUCGGGGAGUGUUAUAGGCCAUUUCAUUGAUCUAGAUAUUCGAUUGCUAUCUAUGUUCAACUAAAUUAGCUUACACUGCAACAUAUAUAUUUAUAUAUAUACAAACACUAUUUGGUGUA